CGCGAUGGAGCUGGUGGCGGAGCUGAGGGGCCGUGACGGCGAGACGCGGUCGGUGCGGGUGCCGCUGCCUCGCCUGACGGAGCGGGGCGAGGCCGGGCAGCUGCGCGGGCUGCGGCAGAGCCUGGCCGAGCUGCGGGAGCGGGUGGUGGAGCUGUUGGCGCCCUUGGUGCAGGCCGAGAGAGAGGCGGCGGGUGGCGGCGGGCCGCGCGGUGACGCCGAGGAUGAUGACGACGAUGAACAGGAGGAAGAUGAGGAUGAUGAAGGCGAAAACAGUAUCGACACGAAAGCAAACGCCGACGACCCACCUCGGAAGCGUACGAGGGUUCAGCAGCCGUGGUGACGGCACUGGGUACUUGGGUCAGGCCUCUCUAGGAGACAUUCUAGCUGCACCGGGUGUGAGGGUGUCCGGGCAGGGCCCGGCGAAGCCUGCGGCACUUCUGCUCCUGUUCGGAAAGCGAAAUGUCGGUCCCGACGUUGUUUGCACACGGAGGCCGUAAGAAAAAGAUGCACCUUGCUGUCAGCAGCGUGUUGCUUGCAGGGAGCCAGUGUUACAUUGAGAAGAAUUUUUGGUAGACCAGUUGACAAAUACAAAACUGUUCUCACAAGUCUUCUGACUGCUACGUUUUUAACGACAUUUUCUAAGUCAUUGUAUUUAUUCAUGCAACUUAAAUUCUUAUAUAGUAAAAUCAGGAGUGAGUUAUUUUGUCAGACAUGAUCUUAAAAUGGUACAGCAGAACUUUUAAUUUGUAUGGAAAGAAAGCAGUAGAAGACCACUAUAGUAUUCAGAAUUAAAGAACACCUGUAAGACCGUGUCCAUUCCUGAGCAGCCCUACAGUGGAAGAUUAUUUUUGCUUAUCACCAAAAAAGUUUAUUCUAGUCACCCAUCAAUGAAGUAUUUUCCUGGUAAAGGUCAUAUAUAAAAUGGAUUGAAAGAGCUGGGAAUCUUGGUCUCAAAAAAUCUUCAGUUUUUGUGACAGUCAGGCAAGUCAGUGUGACUUUGAAAGUUUCUAACAUUCCACAAUUCAAACCCAGCUGUCUGUCCUAAGCCUAUUUUCUCAAAAUAUUGGGGUUUAUUUUUCUUUUUAUGCAGCAGUUAUGUUUAUGUAUUUUCUUUCAUCAUUUAUCCAAGCUGAUUUUUAGGCUUGGUUCCUAAGUCAAAUAAAGUGAACAACAGUUCAAUGUUCUGCCCAUGCAGAACUCUCAUAAUUAUCUA